AUGCACGUUGUAUCUUAUCAUCAUAUACCACCCUCUUCUAGUUUGCCUGACAGCAACCAUGAUAUGAAUAGAAUCAACAAUCUCACUGAUGCCAUCUAUUGUGAAGAGCAAUCAAAUCCUAUGCAUACUCUCCCUGCAUCACGCACUACCCAAUUUGAAGACCAAGCCAAAACUGAUCAAAAUAACAUGGUGUCAGGCACUUUACAUGUGUCAGAACAGAGAACAGGGAAAUGCAUGACACGGAAGUCUGCUAAAUAUUGUUCAUCCUUCAAGUAUGAAAUUAUGUCCUGUCCUGCACCCAAUGUGGACGCAGCAAUGAGUCUGUUUGGAUACAUGUGCGCUGAUGACUCCACAUUGAAAAGCAUGCCGGUGAUCCAGUUUGGUAGCACCCCUUUAACUUGUGACAUGAUUGCACAAUCAUUUGCUGAUGGUGCAAUUCCAGACUCAACUUUUAUCACAGGAUUUGUCAAAUGUCUUAGCUAUGAUGAUUAUUGGAUCAGACCCGAGUGCCAUGGCUACAGAAUUUUUUUUGAUGCUGCCCUCUCAGCAAUUCUCAAUGUUGAGGGGAACAAAAGGGACAACUCCGAACCCAAAUAUAGCCAGUUUGCAGCAGUGAUAGCCAUCCAACGUUGUCUUCCUUUCACAGACUUGAAGAAGACGAAGAUGGUAAAUCUACUAUUCAUCCAUUUACAUUUUUCAAUUUCAGGAUUAUAUCAGGAAUAAGAAUGUGAGUCUGAAGUAUAUAAGCUAUAUGAAUCGGAUGAAUAGAGUUUUCUCUUCUUUAUGUGUUUAUCAUCAUUGGAUGCUUUUUCA